AUGGAUAUAGUGUCCGCGUCAAACAUCGCUGGUGUAUUCGUCCAGAGACACUUAUUCUGCUCUGCAGGACCGACAUCUACCGCUCCAUCUAGCUCUAUGUUGUGUGAGUUCGCGACCCCGGCCAUCGCCUUGGCGGAGGCGGUCGCUCCUCUAGACCGCGAUGACCGGCAGCCAGGACAGCAACGUACUAGUGGUGUUGCGGGUGGAGACGUCGUGCUGGACAGUGUAGCCAGCGAGGUCGCUGGUUUACUCCUGGCCUCGCCGGAUCCUACCUCACCAUCUGUAGGUCUCUGUUUGGAGAUGGAAGGAUCCAUGGGAGGGGGGAGGGGCGUCGUGUAG